AAAAGCAGUUGAGCUUAUGGUAAUGUUGCUUUUGUGUUGUUUUUUGGUUGUGUAAAGGUUGUUAUUUUUUAACCAUGCUCUAAUUCCUUUUUAAUACCAUAUAUAAACAGAUGUCUUCAGAUGGAAUUGGUGGUGAUCCUUGUAAACAGAUUUCAGUUUCUGAAAAUGUUGAGGUUACGGAUCGUCGUCUUGUUUGUUUUGAGAUGGGUGCAACAGGUCUCAAUGUUGAUUCUAACAUUGAACUUGAAGAUGACCCAAUUCCCGUUGAAGAAACUCCUCUUGUUGACAAGAGGAAAUCUAAGAAACCCAUAGCGGCGACGUCUCCGUUUAUGGAGUAUGACUCUUCCAUUUCUAGUUCUAAAGAUGGUUCGGUUAUGGAGUUGUUAAGUAUGUGGCUGGGUUGUGUCCUCUCGAUGAUAAGAUUGGUGAAGAUGUAGAACAUAAAGACGAGAUUGAUUUUGACUUGUGGCUUGGUGAAGGACGCCGAUCGAAGAAAGAUCCGUAAGUGUUUAUUUUCAGCACUUUUGUUGUGUUUUUGUAUUUUUUGUUUUUUACUUUACUAUUUAUGUUUCACUUUUUUUUUUUAAAAUGUUAGGCAUGAUAAGGAGAAGGUUUACUUGAAGGGUAAGGAUAAGAUUGUUCCCCCUUUUCGUUUUGGCGUGGAAGAUGUUGCAACCAAGAUGUGGUUCCACAAGCUUGCAUAUCCUGGCCAAUGUUUGACUAAUUACGUAAGUUAAUUUAUUUUUUCUUUUGAU